AUGAAUGCGCCUAGUGAAGAAAAGGACUGGAAAUUUAAAACCUGCUCGCAGGAUUUACACGAUUCUCCUUUAGCUUACUUCGUUUGUCCCUGUUUUGAAAACUUAGAAGAAUCCACACUCAAGGAACAGGUCAUCAUGGCGGAGAAGCGGAAGCUCCUUGCCGAGAUUGAUAAAUGCUUCAAAAAGAUCGAUGAGGGUGUAGAACUGUUUGAAGAAACGAUGAUGAAAAUGCAAGAGGCAAACAGUGAUAAUCAGCGAGAGAAAUAUCAGGAUGAUUUGAAAAAAGAGAUUAAAAAGUUGCAACGGUUGAGAGAUCAAGUAAAGGGCUGGCAGAAUUGUUCGGAGAUAAAAGAUAAGGAUAAGUUGACGUAUUAUCGUAAAGUGAUAGAGCAACGAAUGGAGCAAUUCAAAGACAUAGAGCGAGAGAACAAAACGAAGCCGCAUAGCAAGCAGGGCCUGUGUGCGGAGGAGAAAUUAGACCCACGAGAGAAAGAAAAAGUUGACACAAUAGAAUGGCUGCAGAGUCAAAUCCGUGAGCUUGGCGAUGAGGCGGAUCGCACAGAAUCACAAAUUGAGUCGUUAUCUUCUGUGGAUGCGGGAAAACGACGCGGCAAGAAGGAAGAAGGAAAGAAAGGCGAGAAAGAGAAGCGCAUGGAGGAGCUGAAGCGACAUCUUGAGCGAAUGAAGUUCCAUAUCGGCAAAUUAGAGGUUUGUAUGAGGAUGGUUAACAACGAGUCCUUGGAGUCAAAGCGCGUUAUGGAAGUACUCAAAGAUCCUUUGGAAAUGUAUAUAGAUGCGCUUGUUGAUCCAGACUAUGAUGGCGAUACGGAUCACUUGGAGACUCUCGAUCCAGAAGACGCGUAUGAGGAACUGAACUUGUUAGCGUUGAGUGCUCAAAUAGGUGGUAUACAAGUUGGUCCACUGGACGACGAAAAGGAGAAUGGUCAUGACAACGGAUCUGCAAAUGAGGGAUCAGGAGCUGACGAUGGAAAUUCUCGAACUAGCGGUGGAUCUCGACAUGGAAGCCAAGACACGCCAGCUAGUCCGGCUCCACGUAGGACGGUCGCGGCAGCAUCUGUUCCAGUUACUCCAGCAAAAGAUGGAUCCGUUGAAGCGACUCCACUAGGGUCGCUAACCGGAGUGAACCAAGCCACGCCGCCACCACCUCCGCCUGGUAUUCCGUACAACAGCGUUGCUGCUGGGCGCAUAGCGGCGUCGUCGUCUUCAACAAACACCAGUAGCCCGGUGACGUCUCCUGCAGCUAACGUCGUCAAUGCGAAAACUACGGUUAUAGCAACGAGACCGAGCGCGAACAACAGUGGUGCAGUUCAACUUGUUCAACUGGUCACGUCCACUUCAACACAACCGAACUCCACGUCAGCCCAAGACGAUGACGCCGGAUCAACAAUUUCAAGCCAGAAUGAAGCAUCAGCAGCUUUGAGUGCGGACGGAAGCACGACGUCUGCUGCAAUGGCAGACGUCGUGGAAGGAGCGCAGAGAAUAGGCGAAUCUGGCGGUUCUCGUCGUUCUGGAGACGUUGGACUUGACGCUGCGGAUGAUCCUCUACGGGUACUACGUUUGUCACAGCAAAAUCAGCAGCCACAGAACACGGAACCGCAACGAGCUCACAUUCCUGCAUGGCUUGGUGCUUCACCCUUAGGCCGCAUACAAACUACGAGCGAGAUGGAAAUGCAAUUAGCCGCAUUAGAAGCUUCACUUGCACGAACUCCUUUACCCAUGGACAGUGAACGGCCGCGAACAUACUUGCCGAAGAUACCAUGUCCGUGCGCGUCGUACUACCCACAGGUAUCGGCGCAAAACGUUGACACUCUUGAGUACUACUUGAGGCUCAGCCCAGAAACGCUAUUUUUCAUUUUUUACUAUAUGGAGGGCACGAGAGCGCAAUUAUUAGCAGCAAAAGCGUUGAAAAAGCUGUCAUGGCGCUUUCACACAAAGUAUCUCACGUGGUUUCAACGGCAUGAAGAACCGAAGCAAAUAACGGACGAUUUUGAACAGGGCACUUACGUGUACUUCGAUUAUGAGAAACAAGGAUUUCGAGUGAAGCCGGGGCAAGUCUUGCUGUCAUGGGUUCCGUUGUACAAUACCUCGUUCUCGUCCUUUGUUAUCUCCAAUCUUUCUCAUCGCGUUGUCAUCUCGAAAUCGUGUUCUCCCCGGAACAUCGUCAUCAUCUCCAGUGUGCUAUCAUCAUCCAGUGCUGGCCGUUCAUCUCAUCUCUAACUAGUGAUUUGUUUUUUUCUUCGCUCUCAUAACGCAUCUUAGUAUUUUCUUCUCAUCAACUGGUCAUUUUCGUUUCUGACUCUAUUAGUCCUUUGGAGCAGUAUUCACGGUGUUGGGGUGUUUUUCGUUCUCGCCUUUAGUUUAGCUGUAUCUUAGUUUAGUUUUCUAAUUGUAUUCCACUAGCGAUUCCUAAGUGUAAGUGAUGGGCACCACUUGCUUGGUGUGGGAGAGCCGCGGGAUGUCUCUUUUCCGUUUUUGGAAAAUAUGAGAUGUACGGUUGUAGGAUGUUAGGUGACUCAAGCGUUUCAGGUAUUAGUUUAGGGCGAGGGUAAGCGAGACGUCUGUUUGUAGUUGGGUUUCGUCCCCUUGGGUUUUUUUCCUUCUCUCUCAUUGUGAUUUUGAAUAAGGCAGCUUAUUCGGCUUCAUUCUAUUCCCCAUCACCUGCCCGACACUAGACGAAUGGCAUGAACAUGUCCUCACCCUGUUGAACUGCGCGUUUUUAGCAAAGCUCGGUUUUCCCUUCUUCUUCUUUUCAGUCCCAAUUUGUAUGUAGUCUCUCCCUACGGUUCACAGUAAGAUCUUCUCCUGUGAUUUUUCGUUGCUCUAUGUUUUUUCAAAUGAAUCCCCUCUCGUGAUCGAAGUUCUAUCUUCUUACCUGUAGUGCAAGUUUCUACGUCUCAUUGCCUUUUCCCAGCAGCAAGCUGAUGGUGAGACGUAUGACUCUGUCAUCUUUUUGUCACCUAGCUCUCUUCCGUACAAACAACACUUUCGAGAUGAGGCAAACGUCGCUAUCACGAACCUCUGGCUGCAUGCGAUCCUCACUUUACAAAUGCUAUAUCCAUCCUCCUCCUCUUCAACUUGAUUCUUCCUUGUUACCAGUUUCUAUUGGAGAUUUUUAUUUGUAAAAAUAAAACUUCUUAUUGUUCCAUGUGUGAUGUGCGUGU